AUGUCAUUGGCCCCAAGGAUUAUCUUUGAAAUUAGACAGGGGAAAUAUGCUGCCUUAAUAAAAUGUUUAAUUAUCAGUCAACCCCUGAUCAGGAGGAACAAUUCGCAUCUUCUCCAAGGGCUGGGAGUAAAAGAGAUGGGGCCAGUCGCUUGCCUUUGGAUAGGGCCAUGUUCUACGGGCAUUUCUGGGAAGAGAGGCUACAGAGCACAACUUCUUACCUGGUUCUGUGUGAUGUGCUUUGGUGGAGGGGACGGAGCAGCUCAGCAACUUGGAGCCUUGACUUGCCUCAAUAAUUACAUAAAUAGGAUCCAUUGUAAUUGGACUACCACCCUGCCAAGUGAAGACAAAGUCCAUCAGCUCUUCUUCGUCAGCAACUUGGACCCAUCUGAAAACUACAGCUGCAAGCUCCAUAUGGGCACCUGCACACUAGAACUCCCACCGGAUAAUAUACUGACAGUGUUUGAUGAAUUCACCAUCAAGUUCCAUGGCACUGUAUCGGGAGAGGAGGUGGUGUAUCUGUUGGACCCCAAGUAUCUGCCCAGGAAGAACAUCAAGCUCGAUCCUCCCUCCAACCUGCAGAUCAAUGUUAGCUCUAGAGGCUGCAUUGUUUCCUGGAGCCCUCCACUCAGGGAGUUGUACAAGUUACUCAGCUAUGAACUGGCCUUGAAACAGCUCGGGGAAGCCUGGGAGCGGGCAAGGCAUAAAAAUCACAUUGUGGGAGUGACUGAGGCGACCAUUGAAGCCUUCGAAUUUGCUCCUGGCUUAACCUAUGAGACCCGGCUGCGCUCUCGCCUGGGCUCCCAAGAAAUAGGUGAACCCUUGGGUGACAAGGAAGCAGAUUUCAGCUAUCGGAGCCAAUGGAGCGAGUGGAGUCCAGUCCUGCAGUUCCAGUCUCCCAACUCUCUAGAUGUCUCCUCCCCAUCCCAAGAGGGCCCUAUCAGCAUGAUCAUCAUUUUCUUCGUCUUCCUUUUCCUGAUCACUCUGCCUUACAUCCUUUUCAAGCUAUUUCCCAGAGUGAAGAAAACCUUGUACCAGAAUGUACCCUCGCCCGCAGCUUUCUUCAGGCCCCUCUACACGGUACAUAAUGGAAACUUUCAGACUUGGGCCCAAUCUAACCUCCUUGGUUCCCAGCUCAGAAGGCAGGGGACCAUGGAUAGGAGGGUCUUGACCAGAGAUGAGCUCUUGGGACUCAUAUUCCAGGAGUCAAUUUCUCACCUCACUUACUUCCCGAUGAGACCCAAGAAGAUAGAUGUCAUGGAUGAGGAAGAUCCCUUCAAGCCCAGAGUCCCUGAGGAGACAACCCAGAAGGACCCAGAGUCUAAGUACCUCAGUGUUGAAGAACUGAAGACGUGGCAGCUAUCUGGGGUGAUCAUAGAUGGGCAUGAUGAUCAUGGUGAUGCUCAGGGUCCCCCAGACUUCCCUGGAGCCAGCCAGGCUAGUUCAUUAGCUGUAAGAUGCCCACCUAUUUCCUUGAAGCAAGAGGAUCAGACUCCAGAGAGCUAUUCCCCCAGCAAUAGUGAUUAUUGUACCCUGUAUGGCAGUGGGAUGCCCUUGGCACCUGCUGGAGAACUUCAGGACCCAAUACCCAGCACGGGUCAAUGAAUCCCCAGUCUUCAAAGAGCAGGCCCCUUCUUGGGGCUCACCAACAUUCAGAUAUCCCUAGUCGCACAGAUGAUUCCUGGGUAACAAUGUAUAUUUUUAAGUGACCAGAGGGUCAGAACAACAGGAGGCCAUAGAAACUUCUCUCCAGGAGCCAUAGAUUUCUACCAGUUGGUAGGAACCACCUACGAGCCUUCCUUCACCUCCAUACUCUCUCCUGGAGUAUAGUAUGAAUGUCCCUGCCCACCCCAACAAUCCAUCCAGAUCACAUCCUGGGCCCAAUUCCCUUUUGUUCUUCCUUUUGUGCCCAAAGUGCUAAAAGUCCUUAGUUAAGACUUAUUCAAAUGAGUUCAGCCUGGUAGACCUCUAUUAUUCUUGUGUGAAUAGUGUAAAAUUCUGAGCAAAAUGGACCAAAGUUUCAGCAAGUCCCUACAUUCCAAUGUGGGAUCAAAGGUCUUGGCCCAACUCUAGCCCCUUCCUUGGCUAAUUGUUCAAUUCUAUUCAACCUUCACAAGCUUCACCAGAGAGUCAAAGACAUCUAUGAGAUAAAAAAAUGUUAAGGACCUCUACUUUGAUAUCCUCAGAAGACCCUAACCUUCUUGUUUAUGAGCUAUGGUCUUAGAAAAUUCGCUUAUCCUCUUAAAGCUUUAGUUUCUUCCUCUGUAAGAUGAGGCUAUUGAAUUAGAAGACUUAUGAGGUCUAAUCCCCUUCUAGGGGAUAAAUUUAAAUGAUCCUAUUUGAAGAAAUAUAGAUUGAGCUCUUUUUGGGUGAAUCUGGCCCAACCUGAAGGCCCAGGUUUGCAUGUAAUAAGAUCUGGCAGUCUAUUAUAAGCAAAAAACAACCCUACAUCCAUUCCUCAUGACCUCUGGCCACCAGAGGAUGCUCCCAUCUUAUUUCAUCAUCCUUUAUAGAUCUCUGUUUGAGGGGCAAUAUCAUAAUCAGUCACUGACAGGUUGCUAUGGUUCAUUACAUAGUAAUGAAAAGGAGCCAUGAUCUGGAUUAUCCAAAACAGAAGAGUUUUAAUAGGUUCCACUUGGCUUGGAAUUCAUUGUAUAGAGAGAGACAUCAAGAGGUUAACAUUCCUUAAUGAUAUUAAAGUGAAUAUUAACAUGAAUUUCCAUUGACUGUCACCUGAGCAUGGGAAGGGACACAAAAGAUUUAAGGUGUGGGAAAAUUGAACCAAAGUCAUUUCUUCUAAAUGAACAUUCAGGGGGGAGUCACUUCUUAGCUCUUCAGCCUGAAAAUUUAAUCAAAGUCAUUUUAUCAAUUUUUAGAGACAAAGGAUGGCUGAAGACAUAGAGUUGAAGUGGCCCAUGGGCCAUCAAACACCAAUUUCUCAUUUUAUAUUUGGAGUAAGGUGAGGCCCAGAAAAAUUAACUGACUUCUUCACACAAGGAAUAAGCAUCAUACCUGAGUUUAAAUCCAGAUCUUCUCAUCCUCAAAUGACAUUGUCCUGGUCAGCUGUGAUGAAAACAGAUAAAGUGAAAACGGAGAUUCAUGCAGAAUCUACCUAGAGAUUGAUAUGGGCAUGGGAAAUCUGAAGAGAAGAACCCCAAAGUUUGGGGAAUAAUAAUAAAAAAAAAAAGAACAAGCCAGUUUCCACAUCAUCCUGGUACCAUUUGCUGUUGCUAUAGCAAAGCAAUACUCCUUUCCUUUAGCCCAGCUUUCUUUAGUUUCAAGGCUAAUGGGAUAGAGAUAUCAGUGAAUUAAUACAGCUGAUCUCAAAGUUUAGGAAGUUAGGGGUCAUGACAACCACCAAAAGCACUCUACAUUUCCUAUAUUCAGGACAGUUUAAGUUAUGGCAACCCUUCGUGAGUAUAUCAUCUUUGUUCAGUUCCCCUCUGGAUACCACUAAGAACUGACUUUCCAAGCAUUUGCCAUUUCCUGUUCCUUGGGAGAUUGAGAAUAGAGGGCUAAAGGUUAGUGAUGGCCUGAAAUAUAUGAGAUGGGUACUUUGAUAUAAUGGCUAUAUUUAUCUUUUUUUUUUUUUUUUUUACACUUCUCUGAUUAAAUGUGUAGCACAGGUUGUGGGGCUAAUAAUUCCAAACCUCCAUUCUCAUUAACAAGCUAAAUCCCCAAAGACUGGCUAUUUAUUUCUCCUCUCAGUGUCCUAGGGAAAAUAUAGUGGGAUUGGGGAUGGUCCUUUAGUGUUAUAGUUCAAGGGCCCCCCAUCAGAUUGCUUCCUUCAUUGAUUAUCAAUUAAUAUCAAUUAGCAAGUCAGAUUUAGCUUUUCAAAAUGGGUAUUUAUGAAGAUGAUUUAAUAAGAAUGGUUGGCAAAAAUCACUCUGAAAAUUGGGACACAUUCUCUCAUCAGUAUACAUAAAGUGUAGGAAAAAUAGGCUCAAGCUUAAAGUAUAUAUAGAAAAGGAGAUAACUCACAGUUCCUGGAAAUCCAAUUCUCUAUUUUGUGGGGUCUUCAUGAAGUUCUGGCUCCUUGAAGAGUCCUGAACUUGUCUUUCUUCAGUGUAUUUAAUUUCUCCUUGGCUCUGAUGUUGGUAUUAACUCUUAUGAAGAUAUGUUCAGGAAGUCCAAAUUGUCUAAUCUUUCAAAGAUCACAAGGUCAAAGUGGAGUUAAAAAAAAAAACACCUCUUUUCUUUCUCUGAUUUCUUUCCAUAAUUCCCUCUUAAGGUCUUGGCUGGAAGUGCUUUCCAUCGGGGCUAUCUAGCACUUAAAACUGCUCAAUAAUUCCAAACUAGCUCAAAUGUUCAUAGCCAAUCCUGCUUCACCUGAUGGAUUUACUCCUUGUCCACUUGUUUAACUAGGUCGUUUGUAUUUAGCUCAAUGUCACUGAGUGAUUGCUGACUAGAGAUGUCGAGGCCCUGCUCAAGCUUAGUUUAUAUCUCUGGUUGGUGGAUUCAGCCUGAGCCCUCUGUAAUUACUAAGGUAGGGGUAUAAUAAUGCCUCUUAUAAAGGUUUUCUAAAGGGCUGUCAUGAUCUCGAAUCAUGAGAAAUGCCCUCCUCCCCCUUCUUUGGAGAGCUGACAGACGAUGAAUUAUGUGUUACUGGAACACACAAUUGUAUAUAUUGUUAGAUAUAGUAGUAAUAAAAUUGUAAAAAACA